GCUACGUACGUGCGUCCGCCGCCUCCGCCCGGUGAGGCGGCCGUGGGGUGGAGUGGGUGGGUUGUGGUGUUCCUCCGCCGCCGGCAGAUGCCAUGUUGCCCCAGAAGAGGGGACGAAUACCUUCCAGAGUAGCCAUGAACUGUUACUGGAAAGUCCUGCCAAUUUUCUUACUAUUUCUUCCAAGCGUGUUGUCUCUCCAGCCAGCCCAGCCCAGGGUGUUGCUGGUGUCUUUCGAUGGAUUUCGAUGGGAUUACAUCUAUAAAGUCUCAACUCCCAAUUUUCAUUAUGCCAUGGAGAAUGGUGUUCGUGUCAAACAGGUCACGAAUGUCUUUAUAACGAAAACUUAUCCUAAUCAUUAUACAAUGGUGACUGGUCUCUACGCAGAAAGCCACGGUGUAGUUGCUAACGAGAUGUAUGACCCGAUUCUGAAUGAAACUUUCUCUCUGAACAAAAUGGAUGUCCAUAACUCCAAGUUCUGGGAAGAAGCCAGCCCAAUAUGGGUAACGAACCAGAAGGAAGGGCAUAAAACUGGAGCAGCUAUGUGGCCUGGAACAGAUGUGAAGAUCCAUGGAGUCUUUCCUACGUAUUAUAUGCCCUACAAUGAAUCUGUUUCCUUCGAAGACAGAGUUGCCAGGCUUAUUGACUGGUUUACAUCAGAAGAACCCAUAAACUUUGGUCUCCUGUAUUGGGAACAGCCUGAUGAGAUGGGCCAUGUUCUGGGCCCAGAUAACCCGCAAAUGGGACCGGUAAUUAGUGAUAUUGACAAAAAGCUGGGUUAUCUCAUCUCUGAACUGAAGAAAGCGAAGCUGUGGGGUGCGAUCAAUGUCAUAAUCACAAGUGAUCACGGAAUGUCCCAGUCCUCCUCGGAAAGGCUCAUCGAGCUUGAUCAGUAUGUGAAUAGAGAGCUCUAUACAGUCAUUGACCAUUCUCCUGCAGUAGCUAUUUUGCCAAAAGAAGGCAAGCUGGGUGAAGUAUAUGAAGCUUUGGCCAGUGCUCAUCCCAACAUGACUGUAUAUAAAAAGGAGCAGAUUCCAGAUAGAUUGCAUUAUAAACACAACCGUAAAAUUCAGCCAAUCUUAGCGGUAGCUGAUAAAGGAUGGGAAAUUGUACAGAAUAAGUCUGACGGUUUUCAACUUGGUAAUCAUGGAUAUGACAACAUCUUGCCAGAAAUGCAUCCAAUUUUUGUGGCAGUUGGGCCUGCUUUCCAAAAGAAUGCCACCAGAGAAGGCAUGAAUGCUACAGACUUGUACCCACUGUUGUGCCAUCUCCUUGGUAUUAACCCUCUGCCAAACAACGGUUCGUUCAGCGCCGUGAAAGACCUCCUUGCUGAAGAAGUUCCUGUGGCCCCCAGAGCAGACACUUACGCUACUGUUAUAGGAGUCUUUUUGGGUGGCUUUCUUGUUAUUGUUUUUAUUGCAGUUUUUGUUAAGCAUUUUGUUCUCACCCAAGCGAAUACCAUGCAAAUGCAACACCCUGAAGCUGCACAGCCACUGUUGCAAGAUUAAUAAUGCUUGGUACUAUCUUCUAUUUGAUGCUUAAAAUAAGCUUAUAUAAAAAAAAAAUAAUAGAGGUGGAUCAGCAUAUGGGGAGUAAAAGGAAGUGGAUACUGAUCCAUUGGGACGCUGGAGUCGGAACACAGGGGUGCAGAGGAAGAGCGUGUUUCUGUUUCACCUUACAACCACUUCAUCUUUCAGGGGCUGAAAAUAUUGUAGGGAAACCUGGAAAGCUCUUUAAGUUCUUAGACACGUAGUGACAAUAGGCCUUGAAUACCUCAGUCUGAGCGACUUCUAACAUCAGCUGAGUUGCACCUCACAGACUAUUUCCUGGUGAUUUAAUUUGCAACCAACCCGUUUUUUGUUUUAUUUUCCUUUGAGAGGUUUAACUCUCUUACAUUCUAACACAUCACUGAAUGCAACUAGAGUUUUUUUGGGGUGUUUUUCCUUCCCUGCCCAAGGAAGCAUUUGCAUGGAUCACCAUGACAGGGAGCUUGGUGUAUUCAAUCCUGCCUUAACAGCAUUAUUGUUAAGCGAGGUCAUGCAGUACUCAGUGUCUAAGUUUAGAGUUAGGCAUAUUUCUUUAAACUACUGUGUUAGUUGUAGCCCCCAAAUAUGAAUCUAGGUGGUAUUGUCUUUAACAAUCAGCAUUAAACUACUUUUUGGGUUUUUUUUUUUAAUUUAGGUAGAUAUAGGUCUUUACAAUUUUAGGUAAAUGUAGGUCUUUUUCUAUGGUCUGCUGUACACUGGACUAAAUCCUCUGGGAAUUCUAUGCUGCUGGCAGUUUAAAGACACGUACAAGCACAACACUUGUGUAUCCAGAUGGAGUCUUUUAUAUUUCUGUGGUAAGAGGGGUUUUUGAGAGUAAGGCUGAGGAAUCAGUUAAGGAACAUUCCUGUACAAGCUGGUUUGAGUGCUGUCAAGCUUGUCACUGGGUGUAACAUCAGAGCUGUUACCGGAGACUUCUCAGGCGUGAGCUUGGCUUGCUGUCUUGGGUUUCAUCUGAUACCUCUGGGUGGACCUUAGAAUUUGAUGAGUAGGAUUAACCAUGCAAUUUCAGGAACAACCGUAUACAUCUUAAGCCAUAUAUACUCUUAAAUCUGAAAAAGCACACUUCAAUAUGAAAAAAGUUAUAAGAUUGGAGUUUAUUCUUCUAGAAGAAAGUCUCUGUCAGGGAAAAGUAUUAAUCCUGAGUCAAUGAAUCUAUAUCUAUUACUCUGAUUCUUUUUUGUGAGGCAAUAAAUCUUACUAUUGUGGGGUUUUUUGAUGAGCUCACUUAAAUGGUAGGUGAGAAGUAGCAGACUAAGCUUUGUAUGAGUUGUUUAGUUGUCAGACUUGUUUAAAAGCUGAAUUUUCUUUUCCCCUUCCCUGUGUGAGUUAGUGGUUUCUCCACACUUUGCUUCCGAGUAUGAUGCCUGAAGGGGAAAGAAGCUCUUUCAAGAUUCAUAUAAAUAAUGGGUCUGGUAUUUCUAUGAGUGCAAUUUAUUGCUUUAUCCACAGCACCCAGCAGAGGGCAAAGAUGGGAACAUCUUGGCCUUGGAAGUGUGCUCUGUCAAGCUCAAGGUGUGAGUAGUGGUCUGAUGGUGCAGCUGGGAGAGCAGCUCACACAAAACUCAUUUUGCUGAACUUAAUUCCAGACUUAAUGAACGAUGUCUGGGUGAGUUUAGGAGUGAGCCUGCUGCUCCCUGCCUCUGAAAUGAUCUGUCAGAUUCCUCCCUCGUGGCAGGGACACCUCCUUGGCAUCCAGGUGUCUUGCAAAGAGAUGUGGAAAGUCUCCAGAGACCACAGCUGGGUGUGGUGAACACUUAAUUGGAGUAUUUCAUGAAGGCAAUGAAAUACUCCAAUUUAAGGUCUAUGUUGAAAUUCUAGCUGCAACAGUAGGUUUGGGAAGGCAGGAAACCAGCAGCUCUGGUGGAGGACAGCCCCUUAAUUUGGGGGAUAUGUGUGAAAUCUUGUCUAACUUAAUCUGACUCAUCUCUGCCAUCCUGCUGUUACUGCCCCCUGUGCUGCCUUGUUUUUCUACCUUGCCAUUUUCUUAAGAGAACACUGAAGGAAAUCAUCUGGGUCAGGUGUCCCUGACACCCCGGAGCUGAUUUGUAGUGGAGCUGACCAUGAGGUGUGUUGCUGGUGGUGCAGGGGCUUUUCAAACUGAAAGAUGAAAGCAGUAAUGAUGUUCACCACUGUUUCUAGAGGGACUGGGGAAGUUCCAAGUAGAAAACCUAAACCUCUAAAUUGUUAUUAAUCACUUUCUCAUCUACCUUCCAUGAAGUGGAUGGCAGACAGAAAAUUGAUGCACUGAGUGCACCUUUUCUUGCUUAUUUGCAACUUAAAAACAAAUUGUGGCACAAAUUUAGUGUGUGCUUACAGAGAGAUCUCCAGCCUUGGUAAAGGGAGUCAGAGUGAGAAGUGGAAAUGCAAUAAUCCGCACCUGUAGCUACUUCAAUUACAUACUUUCUCGCUUUGGAACCGGCUGCUUUAAUGGAAAUCCUUCUCACUGCAGUAAUUUCAUAGCAAUGCUUAUGGCAGAUGUAAAAAUAACUGGAUUGUCAUCUCACAAGUGUUCAUUAAACUCCCACUUUUUAAACUGUGACAGGUGGAGUUCUGUCAUCAGCCAAAGUCACCCUUGAUUUUAAGGAGGAGCCAAAGUUGGUCAGUGUUGUUCAGUCCUCCUGGCACUUAGGCUCAUCUGCCCAAGCACACAACAGGGGGGGAGCAGUAAUUUCCCCUAAGGAAGGGUUUGGGAACAGGAACAUAAGAAUUCUUCUUAAUGUCAUCGUUCUUAAUGUCAUUGCACUGAAAGGCCCUUCCUUAAGGAGGGUAAAACUAAACUGUAGAAAACUGAAGGGAAUCUUUCAGCAUUUGGAUAUUUCAGUUUAGUUGUAGCCACGUUGUUUAGGUGUAUUUGCAGGUACCUCUUGGGUGGUUUCCUAUUCAGGAUAUUUCCCAGUGUUAAUUUCAAGUUGUUGGGUGUCUGCUUAAUGACAUUGAAAGCACAUAUGAUGCCACUGGAGAAAAAUAUCAACUUUUUCUCUGAUGUGAUGUGAGAUUUUCUUUUUUUUUUUUUUCAGACUGCCUUUUUUGGCUGGGGAGGAUGUGGGAUUUGGUUUCUGUGUAUGUGCUACUUUUAAUGAUGUAGGAACAAGUUUAUUGGAAAGUGGAUUUGAGUACGUUGUGUACUGCUUGAAAUUUAAGCUUGGAAACAGAAGCUUGCAUGAUUUGUCUUUCAUUAUCGACCUGUGAAGCCUACUUUGAGAGGUUUUGUGGUUUUUGGCCGAAUUUACCAAAAGCAGAAUGACAGAUGGCCCUUCCUCCCCACCCCCAAAAGAGAGGAGAGGAAGAGAUAAGGAGAUUUACAAGUUUAGAAUGAACUAAACUACUUUAAUGAAGUAUUAAUAUUAAAUUGAAAAAUAAGAAAAUACUGAAAUAGAUAUAAUACUGGGGAAUAUAAGACUGGACUCAGCAGCAGAUGGAAACUGGGUUCCAGCUCUGGAGUCAGGAGCACAUGGAUCAGGAUCAAAGGCAGAUGAACGGAGUCCUCUUCUCGUGUUGGCCAUUGAAGGAAGAGAGUUGAUCCUUUGAUCGCUCAGCUUUUAUACUGAGCACGGGGCAGAUGGGAUGGAAUGACCCGUUGGUCAGGUUUGGGUCACCUCUUUUGUCCACUCCUCCCCACAGGUGGAGCCCCUCUAGCCUUUUUUGUUUCUGACCCUUCAACAGGGAGAGUAAGGAAAUGGGCUGACCUUGGUUGUUACAGCAAUAAGUACAAGCAAGAGCCUCUCCACACACCCUUCCUUGGCACGAAGCACAAACAUGGGUCUUAUCACUCUGAGAAGGAGCAGUUUUCUCAACAAC